GGACGCAUUCUACAGCAGUACUGCUUUCUGCUGAGGGAAACAUCCUCGCUGAGACAGAUGGGCCGUGUACCAAUCACUGGCUGGUUGGUGUUGAUAAUUGUAUUAAUGGAAUCAAUGACAUGGUCCAGAGGGCUAAAAUCAAGGCAGGGCUGGACCCAAACACACCGGUUCGUUCACUGGGUAUGUCUUUGAGUGGAGGAGAGCAGAAAGCUGCUAUCCAGAAGCUGAUCGAUGACAUGAGGGAGCGAUACCCCAAGCUGAGCCAAACUUACUUCAUUACAACAGACGCCAUCGGCGCUAUGGCUACCGCCAGCGACUGUGGAGGUAUAGUGGUGAUAUCAGGCACUGGGUCGAACUGUAAGCUUGUCAAUCCAGACGGGGCACAAGUUGGCUGUGGGGGUUGGGGUCACAUGAUGGGAGACGAAGGCUCAGCAUAUUGGAUUUCUCACUUGGCUAUAAAAGGUUUUGAUGCCAGUGAUAACCUCUAAAUCGCACCCCCUCAUGACAUCACCUAUGUGAAGAAGGCCAUGGAAGAGUAUUUCCAGGUAUCGGAUUUGAUGGGAAUGCUUCCUCAUUUGUACAGAAACUUUCAGAAGUCACAUUUUGCAGGGUUCUGUAGGAAAUUAGCUGAAGGUGGCAAUGCUGGUGAUGCUCUAUGCCAACACGUGUUCGCAGAAGCUGGAAAAGUGCUUGCACGCCACAUUGUAGCUGUCCUUCCUAAAGUACAUAAGGAUCUGUUUUGUGGUGAGCUGGGCUUGCCUGUUCUGUGUGUCGGUUCUGUGUGGCACAGCUGGGAUCUGAUGAAAGCCGGUUUCACUCAGGUCCUCUCAGAAGCUCAUGGUUCCAGUCACUUCCUAAAGUACAGUCUGCUUACUCUCCGUCAGUCGUCUGCUCUGGGUGGAGCCAAAAUGGGGGCCCAGAAUGCAGGAGCCAGCCUUCCUCUGGACUACUCAGCCAACGUCAACGUGUUUUUCAGCCAUACCUUCAGUCAGUGAUUUGGAAGAGACGGACCUUUGAGCUUGAAUUGAGAACUUCCUGUUUUUAAACCGU